CCGAAGCUGGUGAACUGGUAGUUGGCAGAGCCCGGUGCACUCGGCCCGCAGCCUGCACGCGCCGUGGUGCGAGCUGCACCCUCGGGUCCCGGCGGCUCUAGGGCCGGACUCGCGUCCCUGCAUCUCAACAGGUCAAGGGAGGUGACGAGGACGCCCCAGCCGGGACUGGAGGAUCGAAGGAGCUAGAAGGUGAUUUCUUGACUGUGGAGAAGAUAAACAUGCCUGAAAGGAAAGGGGAGAAUGGAAAGCUAACAAUCCCGGGGAGAAUUGGAGAAAAGAUGAGCACCUUCCACUGACCAACAACGAUGGCGUUCAAGGACAGCAGCAGCAGCAGCAGCAGCUUGUACAAUGAAGAUAGAAACCUGCUUCGGAUUCGAGAGAAGGAGAGACGCAAUCAAGAGGCUCACCAAGAGAAAGAGGUGUUUGCUGAGAAGACGCCGCUGUUUGGAGAGCCCUACAAGACGGCUAAAGGCGAUGAGCUGUCGAGUCGCAUACAGAACAUGCUAGGCGACUAUGAAAAGAUGAAGGAGUUCCUGAGCACCAAGUCUUGCCCUCAGCGACUCGAGGGCGCAGAAGACAGGCCUGGGAAGCCCAGAUACCCUUCGCUUCAUGACAGGGGGAGCAACCUUGCCUCCCACUCCUUCCGCACACAUGUCUACCACCAGCCUAUUCCUACUUCUGCCCCUGGAUCACUUUCUGUCGGUAACAUUAGCCACAGUCCAAAGAUGGCGCCGCCAAGGAUGGAGCCAGUGCCAAGUCUCCAUGCCAAAAGCUAUGGCCCGCCCGACAGCCAGCGUCUGACUCAAGAUCGCCUCAGUCAGGAAGGGCACUGUUCCAGCCACAGAAAGUGUGACCGCAGAGCUGAUGGUGACUCAGCUCCGGAGAUGAAGCUCUCACCCUUAAUCUCCUCUUUGCCAUCCCCUGUGCCCCCUUUGUCACCUGUACAUUCCAGACUGCAAGGACCCAGCAAGGUUCCCGGCAGCAGUAGCACUAGCAGUAAGAGCUACUGUGCAGCCGUGUCUUCCAAGGACCUGGUGGCGAAGGGUCAGGACAACGAGACUCCUCUUGACAGUUUGGUGGCAGUUACCAGCCUCGGGGUAGCCCCUUCUCAGACGUUCCCACCCCCUCCUCUCCCCUCCAAAAGUGUUGCAAUGCAGCAGAAGCCCACGGCAUAUGUCCGGCCCAUGGACGGCCAGGAUCAGGCUCCUAGUGAGUCCCCGGAGCUGAAGCCACCGCUGGAAGACUAUGGUCAGCAGAGCUUUGAAAAGCCAGAUGUAAAGGUACCUGCCAAGGCCAAGCUCACCAGACUGAGGAUGCCUUCGCAGUCGGUGGAGCAGACGUACUCCAAUGAAGCUCACUGCGUUGAAGAGAUUCUGAAGGAAAUGACCCAUUUGUGGCCGCCUCCUCUGACAGCCAUACACACACCCAGUACUGCCGAGCCCUCCAGAUUUCCUUUUCCUACAAAGGAUCCUCUGCACAUCAGUUCUGCAGCCCAAAGCCAAAAACAAUAUGACUCACCUUGCAAAACCCAUCCCAGUUCCCAGCAAGGAACAUCCAUGCUGGAGGAUGACCUGCAGCUCAGCGACAGUGAAGACAGUGACACGGAACAAGCUGCAGAGGAACCUCGGUCCCCACCUGCACCUCCAAGCGCCCCACAGCCGCUUCCCGAGCCAGUGGUGUCAGCACAUUCCAGUAGUGCAGAGUCGGAGAGCAGCGCGUCUGACAGCUCCUCGGACUCAGAGACGGAGAGCAGCUCCAGCGACACCGAGGAGAACGAGCCCCUCGAGACCCCGGCUCCCGAGCCCGAGCCUCCGACCACAAACAAGUGGCAGCUGGACAACUGGCUGACCAGAGUCAGCCAGCCCCCAGCGCCCCUCGAGAGUCGGGCGAGCACCCAGUCUCCACGUUGGCGCCAGGAAAGCAAGGAUGGAGACCGCAGCACCGACCAGCCGCACCCUGAGUCCAAAGACCCGCCCCCUAAGAGUUCCAGCAAAACCCUCCGAGGUCCCACGGAGGGACCUCAACCUGGGAAGAGGAGCUGCCAGAAAUCCCCUGCCCAGCAGGAGCCUCCACCUCGGCAAACUAUCGGAACCAAACAACCCAGAAAACCUGCCAAGGGCUCAGGCCAGACAGAGCCCCAGGGCAGCGGGCCUGCCGAAAGUGAACCAGGGCCCCUUCCCUAUGGCUCAAAAGACCAGACUUCCAAAGACAAACCCAAGGUGAAGACGAAAGGCAGGCCACGCGCUGUGGGCAGUAGGGAGCCUAAGCCUGAAGCACCCGUGCCUAAGCCACAGGCAGCUGUGCCCACCCCUAAUGAGAGGAGGAAGCACAAGGGUUCCCCGGCCCCCUCCAAAGCCCCCUCAGGCCCUCAGCCUCCAAAGGACAAUGCUGGGGACAGGAACCCCGAGCACUUUGCUCUUGUCUCCCUGACUCAGAGCCAGGGUCCACCCCACAGUGGCAGGGGCGGCGGUGGUGGUGUCAGUGGCAUCAGGACUAGCGGCUGCCGACAGGCAGUGAUUGUCCAAGAGGACGGCCAAAAAGACAGACUCCUGGUUCCCCUGAGAGACACCAAAUUGCUCUCACCGCUCAGGGACACUCAACCACCAACGAGCUUGGUGGUGAAGAUAACCCUAGACCUUCUCACUCGGAUCCCCCAGCCCCCGGGGAAGGGCGGUCACCCCAGGAAAGCGGAAGACAAGCAGCUGCCAGCAGCAAGGAAGCAGGACUCUGAGAAGAGAAGCUGCGAUGGCUCCAGCAGAGUGACCAAGAAGAGAAAGGGCGACCCAGAAAAAGACCGUGACAACAAGAAAAUCAGAUUGCAGAAGGAUGUCCCAUCACACUGUGCUUUGUCUUCGUCUUCCCACACCGAGUCUUCCAAGACGAAGGCUCCCAGGCCCUCCUCGGAGUCCUCAAGAAAAGAAAUGCUUCCUCCUCCACCUGUGUCCUCCUCUUCCUCCUCCUCCCUGUCGUCGUCUUCCUCCUCCCAGAAGUCAACCAAAACUGCACACAAGAGGUCAAAGCCGGACGCAGACGCCUGUGGUCAGGACCCUCCCAAAAGUGCCAGCAGUACCAAGGGCAACAAGGACUCCUCCAUUCCCAAGCACAGAAAAGUGCAGGCCAGGGGCUCGGAGUACAAAGGAUCUUCUGGAGAACCCACAAACCCGUUCCCAGUGCCUUCUUUGCCAAAUGGUAACUGUAAACCAGGGAAGCCGCAAGCAAAGCCCGACAGACCACAAGCUGAUUUUCAUAUGAAGGAGGCUAAAAAGUUGAAGUCCAAAGCAGAGGCAAUGGCGGACAAGACUGGAAAGGCCUUCAAGUAUUUGGAAGCCGUGCUGUCUUUCAUUGAGUGUGGGAUGGCCACGGAGUCAGAAGGCUCAGCAAAGGCGGCGUACGCGGUCUACUCAGAAGCUAUAGAACUCAUUAGGUUCACAAUGUCACUAAAAUCCUUCUCAGAUACCGUGGCGCCAGCACAAGAAAAGAUAUUUGCCGUUUUAUGCUUGCGUUGCCAGUCCCUGGUGAACAUGGCGAUGUUUCGCUGUAAAAAGGACAUAGUAAUGAAGUAUUCUCGCACGCUUAGUGACCACUUCAAGAGUUCUUCCAAAGUGGCCCAGGCACCUUCUCCAUGCAUGGCAAGGAGCACAGGCGUUCCGUCCCCCCUCUCCCCAAUGCCUUCUCCUGCAAGCUCUGUAGGGUCCCAGUCAAGUGUUGGCAGCAUGGGGAGCAGUGGGGUGACGGCCACCAUCAGUACCCCAGUCACCAUCCAGAACAUGACCUCUGCCUAUGUCAACUUCACAUCCCACGUCCUGAAGGCCUUUGAUCUUUGGGAUCAGGCAGAGGCCCUAACAAAGAAGAACAAAGACUUCUUUGCUCAGCUCAGCACAAAGGUGCGUAUCUUGGCCCUCAACAGCAGCCUGGUGGACCUGGUGCACUACACAAGACAAGGUCUGCAGCGGCUGAGACAAGCUCCCAAAACUCCCUAAUACAGGCUGGGAUUACUCGAUGCCUUGGAAUGUCUUUGCACAAUUGGAAGCCUUGAUCAGUGUAGACAGCUGUCCGGUCGGGAUGGCACACUCAAGUGAAACACCAUGAGAUGGCCCGAAUGCUUGCCCACUCAAGCUCACAAGAGCUGUGUGGCCGUCGGUUGGACACUGGAGCAGAGCAACGGUGGGAGAUGACCUGCCUUUCCUAACGGGAGGACAGAGGUGCAGUGGAGCCUAGCAGGCACAUGGAUGGUCUAGCGACAUUUCUGUUUGCAGAGGAAAGGACGAGAAGUAGUUUCUGGUCCACGGCAGAUUCCUGUCAUCUCAGUGGCCGCACAAGUUCACUUCCAGAAGGAAUUUUUUUUUCCAAAUAAUAAUUUUUGGUGAAGGGUUUUAUGGAUAUAUAUUUUUUCUUUUCAAGUUUUAAAGAAAAUAUUGUUUAAUAAAUUCUGAUGGCCACAUGUAAAGUAGAAGUCAUGAAGCUGCACUGUGCCUACUCCCUGCGGUGGACAGUGGCUCUGAUGACAGAGAUCAUCAUUUAGAGGAUGGGAGGGGCCGCCCGCCCCCGCCCCUGCCCCGCCCAGUGCCUAGAGUCCUGCACUCUGUCUAGCUCUGGCUCCUCGGGUCCAUCCUAGGGGAGUGGCAGCGUCUAGAUCCAGGAUCCAUCUUACGGUCUUCCCCACAUCCCAGGAAGCCCUGCACUCCCUCCCUCCCGCCACCACACUCCUGGAGAGCGACUGGCUAAGCAGCACCACUGAUUGAUUUUUACAUUUCCCAUGGUGCAUGUGGGCAAAGGGAGCCAGUGUUGUUUGCCCUGGGCGGGAGGCGGGCGGACUUCCUCUUCUGUCUGCCAGAGUCCCAGGUGCUGACAGUGUCGUGGCAACUUGUGUCCUCGGUCAGCGAAAGUGAGGUCUUCCUACAGAGGCUGUAUUUUUUCUGCUACAAAUUAUUUUAUAUUUAUAGCAAAGCUCAACCUUCCAAAGCCUUUGAUUAUCCAGGGGAUACUGCCUCCCCGAGAGGAUAUGGAGAUUUGGGGGGUGGGAAUCCACUACCACACACCCUCAGUCCAGACCGACUUCUCAGGUACGGUGAUUGGAUGAUACUGAAGACUGUGAUCUUCCCAGCCAUUAACACACCCCCCCCCCCCGCCCCGGUUAAACCAAGUCCACUUUGAGAGUAGAGCACACACAGAAUUCACACCUGCCCAUACGCACAGGCCUUUCACUGAAAGUCAAAAGUGAUUACUGGGAUGCUCUUGAGCAUAGUGUUUUUUAAAAGCCAAUCCUCUAUCCCUUUAGAAAGUAGAAUUUGCACGUGUUAUGGCUGUUUUUUCCCUCACCCCUCCCCGCCCCCGUUUCCACUUGCUACCAGCCAUGCUGUGUUUGUAUCUAGAGAUUAAUGGAGAUGGAAGAGCCAUCUUAGUGAGGGUGUCUGAGGUCCCUGGGGUGGGAGACACUUCUGGUACCUUGGUAAAUCCACACAGGGGCUGCAGGUGAGUGUGGUGCCAGGUGUUGGUGCGACACUCCUGGGCCUCUCAGUCUUUUGGAUGGAGCCAGAGAAUGGCUACCCUGUGCAUCUCCGAGCACAGGCUGAGACCGACGAAGCAGUUCUUUUUAUUAAUGUUUCCUGUAAAGUACUUGUCCCUGAGCAUGUGGUCAGUCGUCCCCGGCACGGCGUCACCUCUCGAGCAGAAUCUGGCUUGUGUAGUCUCGUCCGGUCUUUCCCUUCUCCCAUGGCUGUCUGUAUCUCUUGCUGUACCGUGGAAACAAGCUGCCCGUCAGUUGUGACCGGUUCUGGUCUAGACACAGUUUGCCAACGCGUGUGUGUGUGUCCUGCCAGUGGGCCACUGUGCCCCUUGAAAGAACAGGCCGCCUCGUCCUUUGUACUGGAUGUGUUUUCUCAACUCUGUAUACCCCAGUUUCAUUUGUACCUUGAAAACUAAUGAAUUUGGACAGACCUGUUUGUACCAGUUUGGUCUGUAGAUGAGAGAGAGAACACAGCGGCCGGUGGGUGCUGUCGCCCACUCACUGCAGAAACCUGAAGAUGGUGUGAACAAUCUGCACUUUUCACUAUAUGCUCACUAUUCCCAAGGGCAACACUUUCCCAAGGCGAUUCAUCCGGAAGGACUCUAAAAUUAACCCCUUGAAUGUGUGGUGUUAUAACCGUAGAAGAGUAUAUACUUCCUGCUGAGGGAGGCAGUGUGUUGGAGAGUGAAGGUCAGUCUUGCCCUUGCCUUCCUUACAAAGGGUGUGGGUGGCCUGUCUGUCUGCGAUAAAAAGUAGACGGACCGACACUCUUUUUUUCCCCAAGUGUUGAAUAUUUUUCUUUUGGAAAUAAUUAAAACUUGAUACAUGUAGAAGUCCUUCUAGAUCAUAAAAAAUCCUGUCGCUAGAACCGGUUGCUCUCCUUCAUGGUGCCAAGAGGGCAGGCCCCGUGGGAGCAGGGAGGAACAGGAGGGCCCAGCGAGUACUUGUCAGUGGUCCCCUAUGAUUGCACGGGAAGUACUUGAUUUAUUUUGUGGAUGUUUUGACCAAAGGGUUUGUGUAUCCUCUGGACAGAAAGGACCCCACCUACCCUCUGUGUGCUCUCUAAUUCUAGGUCUUAGGACGUUUAGAGUGGGCUCUCCCCCCAUCUUAAUUGAAAAUGUGCCUUAACUGACACCUUACGUAUUCAUGUUCGGGGCAGGACCUCAGCCUUAGGAUUCCUGCUUGUAAAGCGCUGUGUGCUGCACAUCUAGGGUUCCCGAUGCAAAGGAUGAGAUUCGUUCGUCUAGAUGUAUUUGUGCCUUUGACCAAACAGCUUCUGAAGUGAUGCUCUUUGCUUUGCCACGGCUUCAAGGGCUGAUGUUUACUUUCCUGCUUCGUCAAGUCUGAGGUCUAUCUGUGUGCAUCUUAAGGUAAAUGAGUUGGGCUUUACAAAAAUAUCUAAACUCUUUCCAUGCCCCCUGCAAAUCCCUCCUCUUGGUGAUCUGCCUUUCCCAACACUAUAAAUCCACCACGUCGUUGUUCAUUCUUUACCGCUGCUUAGAGGUGUUUAAAUCUCCCGAGACUAUUGCGGGCUUCUUUUAGAGACAGAGAAGUGUAGGUUUUUCUCACUGAGAAUGAGCCAACUGCUCUGCAGCUGUGGAGAGGGUAGGCUCAGUUUGGAUGCCUCCUUCUCCUUGCCUCCUCCUGUUGGCUUUGGUCCAUUUGGAAAUAACGGACGUGAGGACUUUUCCUGUGCCUUAAGGGAUGUUAAAGGGCAGAAGGGCACGAUGUUGGGAUUUUCCUUCAAAAUCUGUAAGUGGUAUUUCUGCCAGGUGGUCCUCCAGUGUGCGGUCCAGUCAUGCUGGCUUCCCACUGAGAACAGUCACCUGUGGCCACACUCUCUCUGAUGAGUGACAAGCACAUUUCUUCAGGCGGCUGUGAGUUUCCUAGGGGUGAAUCACACACUAUAUUCUGUUCCACUGUGCGUCAGACAUUGCAGUCACUGUGAUGACCAAAGUGCCUCUUUCCCUACCUAAGAGGGAGCCAGAGGAUGGGAAGGAAGCCUAGAGCUCCCUGCGAGCCUGGGUAUUGUUACAUCUGUCCAUAGGACGGACACUGGAAUAAGAUCACUGACACGCAGGCCACGCUGCAUUGCUGGGCCGCACCGUGGUUGACCUGAGGAAGAUGAACUCGCUUUGCCUAGGUGUUUUAGCAAUACUCAAUACGGGCAGUAUUAAGUUUGCCUUUUGUUCAGGCCACGAUGUGUAUUGCUAAUACUGCACACCCUCAUGAUCUUAUGCUGCGGUGUGUGCAUGUCUGUCCCGAAUCUUGUUUUAAUUUUUUCUGAAUGUGAUCAUGUUUUGGAUGAUACCUGAGCAGGGUUGCCUUUUUUAUUUAUUACCAUUAUAUAUUAUAUUAUAUAUUAUAUAUUUUCUUUCUUAUAAUGUUAGAGGAAAGUAAAAUCUUGGUAUUAUUAAAAUUGCUUUAAAAAGGAAUAGGUUGCCCAGGUGAUACUGAAAAUCACUGGUUUGUUUUUCUUUGAUUACCAUGGAAUAAUAUGCAGCUGUCACCGACACGAUAGCUGUGGGCAGGCUGGGGAGCAUUAGUGCCCCCGGUGAAGAUGGAGAGCAGCAGAGGGGAAUACCACAUUUUUAUCAGCUUCAGCAAUGAGACUGCAAACUUGGGGCUUUUGUGAAUAAAAUUAGCUGCCUUGUGGAAUCCUUUGAAAGAGGCAGACAUGAUCUGUGAGAAUUUUUUUUAAAAAAGAAAAUCUGCAAAAGAUCUUUCCAAAGAUAAUGUGCCACGGAUCUUUCCAAAGAUGGUGUGCCACAGAUCUUUCCAAAGAUGAUGUGCCACGGGUCUUUCCAAAGAUGAUGUGCCACGGAUCUUUUGUUCUCUCUGUAAGGAGGAUUAAAUGCUGUUUUAAAUGUAAUUGACUUGUUCAUCUUCACAGUCUUUCCAUGAGAUCAAACUGUAGAAAAAAUAUUUAAUAAAAAUGUAGAGAAAUCA